AUGGCUUGGAACAAGGGCGCUCGUCAGAUUGUGUGCGAGUCUGACUGUCAGGAGCUGGUUGAUAUUGUCCUGAACCGUGCCCAUGUGCAGCAGCACGCACAAACUGGAGUCAUUCAGGAUAUUUUUGUGCUCAUGAAUAUGACCUGGCAUGUGGAGCUAGCUUGGAUUCCUAGGGAGAUAAAUUGUGCAGCUGAUUGGAUGGCCAAACAAGCAGUGCGCUGUGGAAACCCAGGCUUCCAUCAUGUGGAUUCUCCACCUCAUGAGCUUGAAGUAUUUAUACUUCAAGAUAUGUUAGGCGUGCCUUAG